AUGUGGGAGUUCCGGUCUAUGAUGUUCUGGCGGGCGGUGUUUGCCGAGUUCUUCGGCACCAUGUUCUUCGUCUUCUUCGGCAUGGGCGCGGCGCUGCGCUGGACCACGGGGCCCUACCACGUCUUCCACUGUGCGCUGUGCUUCGGCUUCGCCGCCGCCACCAUCAUCCAGUCCAUCGGCCACAUCAGCGGCGGCCACAUCAACCCCGCCGUCACCUUCGCCUACCUGGUGGGCUCGCAGAUGUCCCUGUUCCGCGCCUUCUUCUAUUGGUGCGCGCAGUGCAUGGGAGCCUUGGCAGGCUGCGCCAUGCUCUGGGGCGUCACCCCGCACAACAUGAGGGGCAACAUGGCCAUGAACACGCUCCAGCCUGGCAUCAGCAUGGGCAUGGCCACCACGGUGGAGGUCUUCCUGACCAUGCAGCUGGUCAUCUGCAUCUUCUCCGUGACGGAUGAGAGGAGGAACGGACGCAUGGGCUCCGCUCCCUUGGCCAUCGGCUUCUCUAUCACCAUGGCUCACCUCAUGGGAAUGUUCUACACUGGAGCUGGAAUGAACCCUGCCAGAUCCUUUGCCCCUGCUAUGUUCAUGAGGAACUUCAUGAACCAUUGGGUGUACUGGGUGGGUCCCAUGAUUGGUGGUGCCAUGGGCGCCAUCAUGUACGACUUCAUGCUCUUCCCCCGCAUGCGCGGCCUGGCCGAGAGGCUAGCCACCCUGAAAGGCAGCCGGCCCCCAGAGGUGGAGAACCAGCAGGACACCCGCGGGGAGCCCAUCGAGCUCAAGACCCAGGCCCUAUAA